AACAAUGACCAAAAGCGGGCCAUGACACUUUUCAUUCUUCUCUCUGUUUAUCCAAAUAAUCAACACCUUGCAUGAAUACAAUCCAGUACGCCGAUAUAUGUGUCAAUGUGUCGUGGAGAAGAUUGUCUGUAGUGGAGUUUGUUCUUUCACCACGAAAAAUUUUUCAUACAUUUACACAUUAAAGAAGAUAAAGCAUUGCAUUACUAGUGUAAAAAGAGGAAAUAUUCAAGAAAAAAUAUUUCAAGAUGGUAAGAAGGAAUGGACUUUGGAAGCUAACACAGCUUCGAUCAUUAAUGAAGAAUGUUCAAACUGGUAUUAGAGAAAAGGGCAUCCAGGCUUUGAUCGUUAAUGGAGAGGAUGCGCAUCAAUCAGAAUACUCGACUGAGCGAGAUCAAAGACGAUGUUUUAUCAGCGGAUUUCGCGGUUCCUAUGGUACAGUGGUUGUUAUGUAUGACAAAGCAUUACUGUGGACAGAUGGAAGAUAUUAUGCACAAGCAAUGUCAGAAUUAGAUCCAUUGGAGGAAUGGACCUUGAUGAAAGAAGGCUUAUUAGACACACCUACAAUUUCCACAUGGUUGGCUUCAAAUUUGCCUCCAAAAUCUAUAGUUGGAGCAGAUGCUAAUUUAAUAAGUUAUACAGAAUGGGCGAGAUUACACGCCAGUCUAACUAUUGUCGGUCAUUGUCUAAUUCCUCUUUCUGAAAAUUUGGUAGAUAAAGUAUGGGGCGAUGAACAACCAUCACCUACAGCCAAUGUAAUCUUACCACAGUCAUUACGAUAUUCAGGUCAAAGUGCGGGAGAUAAAAUAAGAUUAUGUCGUGAAGCCAUGAAAGAAAACAAUGUGACAGUACUUGUAGUAACUGCAUUGGAUGGGAUUGCAUACUUAUUAAAUUGGAGAGGGUCCGAUAUACCUUUCAACCCUGUCUUUUUUGCGUAUGUUAUCCUCACUCUAAAAGAUGUACAUGUCUUUGUAGAUAGAAGUAGACUUAGCCAAGAAGCAUUAGAGCAAUUAAAAAAUGAAGGUGUCGAUGCAAUUUUUCAUGCUUAUGCAGAUAUACAUGUCUAUAUGAAAGAACUCGUAAAUUCAUGUACAGAUCAGGAUAAAAUUUGGAUUAGCAACAAAUCCAGUUAUGCAUUACACGCAGAUUGCGGAGAAAUCAAGAAACAUACAGAUAUUACACCUAUUAGCAUUAUGAAAGCGAUAAAAAAUCCGAUUGAAAUAACAGGUAUGAAAGCGGCGCAUGUGAGAGACUCUGUCGCUCUCGUUAAAUAUUUCGCUUGGUUGGAAGACAAGAUCAAGAAUACAAAAGAGCACAUUACAGAAAUUUCAGGUGCAACGCAACUGGAAAAAUUUAGACAGGAACAAGAUCAUUUUGUUGGAUUAAGUUUUACGACUAUAUCGUCUAUCGGGCCUCACGGAGCGAUUAUUCAUUAUUCACCUACAGCGGAGACUGAUAUGCCUAUUACAGAUAAAGAACUUUAUCUUUGCGACUCUGGCGCACAAUAUCACGAUGGUACGACAGACGUAACGAGAACUCUACAUUUUGGCGAACCUACGAGUUUCGAACGUGAAUGUUUUACCAGAGUAUUUAAAGGACAAUGCCGUCUUUCAACAAUGAUAUUUCCUUUAAAGACCAAAGGAAAUUAUCUUGACACAUUGGCACGUGAAAGUUUAUGGAGUGUUGGCCUUGAUUAUCUUCACGGUACUGGUCAUGGAGUAGGAUCCUAUCUUAAUGUUCACGAAGAGCCUAUUGGUAUUACAUGGAAGCCACAUCCAGAUGAUCCAGGCUUACAACCUGGAAUGUUUUUAUCAAAUGAACCAGGAUAUUAUGAAGAUGGAAAAUUCGGUAUUAGACUGGAAAACAUUGAAUUAGUUGUUCCUGCAAAGACACCUCACAAUUAUAAAAAUCGAGGUUUCCUUACUUUUGAAACUGUGACGCUUGUCCCUAUUCAAACCAGUUUGCUUGAUGUCUCGAUGCUUACAGAUAAAGAGAUUGAAUAUUUAAACAACUAUCAUGCAAAAUGUUUGAAGAUUUUGAAACCCUUUCUACAAGGGGCAGAAAAUAUUCAAGCACUUAAAUGGCUAGAGAGGCAAACUCUUCCAAUUUCUCGCUAAUCGUUUCAUAAUUUAACAACUUAUAAUAUGUUUUAAACUACAUAUAUAUGUUUUAA